UAUUUAAGCCAACAUUUCAGCAUAUACCGUCAUCGAGGUCCAGACAGAAACAAUGAGGUAAAAAGAACAACCAUAGAUUUUAAUGAUCAGAUCUCAAAGAAGCACUGACAAAAAGCCACUCUUUUUAAUCCACAUUUAGGAGGGUUUGUGUGAAAUAGCCACCUUCAAUCCAAUCAGAUGAGAGAUUAAAAACGACAAGCAAUGUCCUCACAUGUUUUGAAUGAGGAAUACAAUACCCGCACCGCUUGAAAAACCAGUCCAGGACACAGAAUGGUGCGGAGCUCCGCCUGCUGGGGAGAGACGCAUCAUUUGCCGUCAGCUGACCAAAAGAUCCGAGACACGACGCAAGAUUAUAAAAGGUAAGGCAUUAUAAUCUAAACUACGAUUAAUCGUUUUUUGCUCCACAUGUGCGGUUACGAAUUACGCACGACGCAGAAACCCCACGAGGGUUCUCUUUUAUCCGGGCCCAAAUUUUAUUUUAUUUUGAAAUGACCUCGAUCACACCGGAAGUGAAAAGAGCCAUUCGAAACGAAGCAGAGCCGCUGCUGCAGUGUGAGGAUGUGAGGACAAAGAUUGCACCGGAGCGAAAAACAAAUGUUGAUUAUCGAGUUCAAUAACAUUGGCUCUGUUCGCCCUCUCUUAAUGCGGGAAACGCAAUGAAAACUAGAACAUGCUGCAUCUCAUUCGCCGAAUAUUUUAUUCCCUCCUAUGUUUUAUAGAAACUAUGACGAAUCCAGCAGUCACGUCUCCGUCACAGCAAUGACUAUGGACGUCAGAGCAGUGCUGGAGUUCGCCGCCGUCACCAGGGGCCUGUCGCUGAUUUUGCAGGCCGUCUUCAACGCGGUCAUCCCUGAUCACGACGCUGAAGCGUUCAGGCCCCCAAGGGCCGAGGAGCCUCUGUACUUGGACUCUGCAGUGGAGUGGUUGUUGGGGGGCCUCUCCCACUGGGAUGCCGAGCAUUUCCUCUUCAUCGCCGAGAGAGGGUACCUUUACGAGCACAACUUUGCUUUCUUCCCCCUCUUGCCCAUCAUCCUCCGAGGCCUCGCAGAGACGCUGCUGUGGCCCCUGAGCGGCUGGCUGAGUGUGAGGGGUCGCCUGCUGGUGGCCGUGGCUCUGGGGAACAGUGCCCUCUUCCUGUUGAGCGUGGUCGCCCUGUACGCACUGAGCAGGAUCGUCCUCCAGGACCGACGCCUGGCUCUGCUCUCCAGCCUGCUCUAUUGCAUCACACCCGCCAAUGUCUUCAUGACCGCCGGGUACUCCGAGAGCCUUUUCGCCGCGCUCACGUUUGGUGGUCUGUUCCUCCUGGAAAAAGGGUUCACCUUCCGAGCGUGCCUGACCCUCAGUAUAGCCACUGCAACGCGAUCCAAUGGACUUGUUAACAUCGGAUUCCUGCUCUACCUUCCAUCGCUGCAGGCUAUUUGCCAGAUUCGCGUAUAUCGAAUGACGACGAAAGGCUACAGGAAAGUCUUCCACUAUAUUUGGGCCGUCGUCCGUGUGCUGCUCACCUCCCUCCUGGGAACUGCAAUUAUUGCCCUUCCCUUCUGUGCGUUCCAGUACUAUGGGUAUCGGACGUUUUGCACGCCGUCCGUCUCCCUGGAACGGAUCCCUCCUGCUCUUCUGUCUCUGGCUGAAGUAAAGGGGUACCGGGUUCCAGAUGAAAACGGUCCGCCGCCCCUCUGGUGCAUGAGGCCUCUCCCCCUGCUGUAUUCUCACAUCCAGGAUGUGUAUUGGGAUGUGGGCUUCCUCCGCUACUUUGAGCUGAAACAGAUACCAAACUUCCUCCUGGCUCUACCCAUGGCCACUCUCGGCAUAAUGGCGGCUUAUGCAUAUUUUCAAGCCAACCCGGAAAUGUGUCUGAGACUCGGACUGUGGGAAACGGGUGCAAGUAAAGGGCUCGACAAACCCACACCGGGACUUUUCAACUCCAGAGUGUUUGUUUAUAUCGUUCAUUCCACAGUACUUCUGCUGUUUGGAACACUGUGCAUGCAUGUGCAGGUUCUCACCAGAUUCUUGGCUUCCUCGUCUCCCGUGCCUUUCUGGAUAAGCGCUCACCUGCUCCUCCUCAAUGAGCCGCUUCUUCACCGAAGGAAAACAUCAAAUCCCAAUGUUCAGCUGCAGGCCGAUUCCAGAAACAGAUACAGGCACACACCUCAAAACCCCAUCAUUGCACUGCUGCCGCACUUUAAAAGCUGUUCUCCUACGACGCAGAGCAUCCUGGGAUACUUCCUCUCUUACUGGGUGCUGGGCCUGGUGCUGCAUUGUAACUUCUUGCCAUGGACAUGACUUCAAAGAUUACUCCAACCUUUUUUUAAGGCAAUAUGUUCAUGCAGGACUGGGCAAAACACAUCACAUGUUAAAUCUCGCACAGGUGUUUUUCAAAUGCAUCAUCAAUAGUCCAUUUGAGUUAUUGCAGUAGUUGUUCAUUGCAACCGCAUAAUAUUAAUCUAUACGUGAAUGCAGUAUUUUGUCAAUGUGACAAAACAUUACAAAUUCACUAACUUCUAUUUAAGUAAUUUAAUCCAAAGAAAAGAAUAAUUACUUAUAAUGAUCUCGUCUAGUCCAACGUAGGACUUUCUGAUAAAAUAGCAUCACAUUUUUGAUGCCGAUUUACUCAUGCAAUGCAUAACCAAUUUGAUUUGAACCUCUUGGUUAAAUGACUUUGAGAAAAAAGUACAAAAUGUAAAAUAUUUCUGAAACUUAGUUGAACACUGUUUAGUUGUAAAUAUUGGGAAGACUGGUUGUAUAAUGUAAUAUAGCACUGCAUGUUUGGAAGAAUUAUUCCAAGUUAUGGUUUGGGAAUAUUUGAAUGUGAAGGAGAAACUAUUUAAAUAAAGUGUGUUGCUGUGAAAGAAUCUUCAAUUACAUUUAAUAUUACUGUAAAACUGCUAUAUCGUGGGGGUUUUGGUAAAAAAGAAAAAGAAAAGUUAAACCAGAAAGUUUACCUGAAUUUAAGAUGAAUCCAAACAACAAAUGUGAAUUCAUGUAAAUGGUUUAUGUGACUGCAGACGUGUGCACCGACAUCUCUUUAACACCACAAGAGGCUGCUAGAACUCCGAAGGCUAUUUAGUCCACUGCCCACCUCCAUCCUACAAACACCCACAAAUAUGUGGGGAGGGUGAGAUAAUGAGUUGCUAUGGGCACUUAAUUGUAUAAAAUAAACAAAUGGGAAGGCAAUCCAAACAAAGUAUGCUCUUACAAUGACCUAUUGCAUUCAAUUGGAACACAUUACUUGGUCAUAAUGUUUCACCUUAAAUGUGUACCCUGUUGCAAAGGCUAAAGAAUUAAAGAUUGCAGUGUAAAGGA